AUGUCAGCAUCACCUAAACCCAAAGGAUCAAGCUUACAAGACGUCUCGGAAAAGGGUACCGCUUCUCCAACGGGAGAAAGUUCAGAUAUCAGGACUACCAUUCGGCACUGUCUUUCUGUCCUGGUCCCUCUAGCAUUGACUUCAUUAUCCUUCUAUGUAAGACUGCACAACAUCGAGAAGAACCAGUACGUUGUUUGGGAUGAAGCUCACUUUGGCAAGUUUGGGUCCUAUUACAUCAAGCAUGAGUUUUAUCACGAUGUUCAUCCACCAUUGGGAAAGAUGCUGAUUGCUUUAACGGAAUGGCUUGCUGGAUUUGAUGGCAAUUUUGGGUUUGAUUCAAACACUGCCUACCCCGAUAAUGUCAAUUAUAAAAGAAUUCGUCAGUACAAUGCCAUCUUCGGUGCUUUAUGUACGCCUGUGGCAUAUUAUUCCGCCAAGAAUAUGGGAUUUGGAGCAUUGACGGUAUUUCUUAUAACCUUGAUGGUAACUUUGGAGCAUUCCUUCAUUGUGCUAUCAAAGUUCAUCCUUUUGGAUUCAAUGCUUCUGUUCUUCACCAUGCUCGCAUUUUACUGCAUGGUUAAGCUCUACAACUUUCGAGACAAACCUUUUACUAGACCUUGGUCUUGGUGGAUGCUCUUAACCGGAGUCUCUAUCGGAUGCGUCUGCUCAGUCAAAUGGGUGGGACUAUUUAUAACAUUGGUUAUUGGACUAUACACGGUCAUGGAACUUUUCUCAUUUCACAGCAAUGCUUCCAUUAGCAAAAAGAUGCUUUUCAAACACUGGAUUAUUAGGGUGAUUAACUUAAUCUUGAUUCCAUUUUUGAUAUAUCUCUUCUGCUUCAGGGUUCAUUUCGCCAUUCUUUAUAAAUCUGGGACAGGCGAUGCAUCUACUAACACAUUGUUUCAGAUCAAUCUGCAGAAUAAUAAGAUUGAAAAUAGUCCACGCGAUGUUGUGUAUGGAUCCGAGGUCACCAUUAGAUCUCAUGGACUCAGCCCGAACUUGCUACAUUCUCACGUACAGACAUAUCCCGAAGGCUCUAAUCAAAAACAAGUGACAGGUUAUGGCUUUGCUGAUGGUAAUAACGUCUGGCAGAUCCGUUUUUCAAGAGGUUCGGGCCUUCAAUCGGAUUUUAACGACACACUUGACGACAUGCUUCGACCUGUGAAAGAUGGCGAUGAAAUCAGGUUAGUGCAUAAAAGUACAGGAACAAAUCUUCAUUCACAUGAAGUUCCUUCCCAUGUUUCUCGAGGUAACUUUGAGGUUUCUGGCUAUGGUUCGGAAACUGUUGGCGAUGACAAGGAUGAUUGGAUUAUUGAGUUUGUUGAACAAUUGGAUUCGUCCAAUCCUGAUUUUCCAAAAGAAGAUCAUACCAAUCUACACCCGGUGUCCACUUUUUUCAGGCUGAGACAUAAGGUGCUGGGUUGUUACUUGACCUCGACCGGCUUAUCCUACCCUGCAUGGGGCUUUAAGCAAGCUGAAAUUGUAUGCAAAGAGUCAUGGAGCAGAAGAGACAAAUCAACUUGGUGGAACGUAGAGGAACACUGGAAUGAACAUCUGGAAAGCUCCCCUGACUAUGUUCCUCCAAAGUCCAAGUUUUGGACAGACUUUGUCCUAAUUAAUUUUGCCAUGGCAUCUUCCAAUAAUGCACUGAUUCCAGAUGAAGACAAAUACGACAACCUGGCCACAAAAGCAUGGGAAUGGCCUACCUUGCAUACUGGACUCCGCAUGUGCAGCUGGUCGAGGGAUGUUUAUCGUUACUACCUGAUCGGUUCGCCUUUUAAUACAUGGCUUUCGACAGCAUCCUUAUUUGCUUUUAUCUUCCUCAUGGUCAAGUUGGCCUUUCAAUGGAGAAGACAAGCAAUCGAAAUCUCGGAACAACAGUUCUGGGAUCUAAUGAUAAAGGGGGGUUUCCCUUUUGUCUCCUGGAUAGCUCAUUAUUUGCCUUUCGUAACGAUGGGAAGAGUCACGUAUGUUCAUCAUUACGUCCCAGCAUUAUACUUUGCUAUUUUGGUCUUCGGUUUCACAAUUGAUUAUGUUUCGCAAGGUUUGAGGACGCCGGUACGGUAUGCUAUCUAUACCCUGCUCUUUGCUGGCUGUACUUACACCUACAUCUACUUUUCUCCUCUAUGUCAGGGCAUGCAUGGACCUGGUGUUGUGUACUCGAAGCUACAGCUGCUGCCCACCUGGGAUAUUGUUAUAUAA